CCUAUCUUAACCAAUCGCCCACAGUGACACUUGGAACCGUCUAGAACGACAAACCUGAAAGUUUAAAUCGUAUCUAGUCGUCGCGAUCCUGUGCUUUUAAAGUUGUCAGCGGCAUACAGGGUGCUGAUCUCAUGUCAAACGUAGGGAAUACCGGAAGUAUGGAAGCUUGUGUGAUCUUCAAGGCUCUGGUGACCCGGGUAUUGUUCGCCGCGUUCGGGCUGCUGUGUAUCUGGCGGGUGUACACUGUCCGUGGGACCGCCACGUUCUGGCUACUCAUGCUGGCAGAGGCUGGGCUGUUCGUAGAGACUCUCUUAACACUGAUAGCCAGGAAAGGCAAGGAGUGGAAAUGGUUCUCGCCCUGCGUGCUAUUCUACCUGUGCUGUACCGUUCCUUCAAUCUGGCUACUGGAGCUAGACGAGUUGAGGCGACGCCUGGCGGAGAAGACGGAACUGCAGGAGCCGUGCAGAAACAUGACUGAAAAUGUCACAGAAGGAGGUAUAGACCAGAGGUUGAAUCUACAAUCCAUUGGAAUUGACGCUGAGAUAACGAUCGAGAACUGGGUGGGCGCGCUGGAGCAGGCCCUCGUCAUGCUCCUCGUCAUCGGGAGAUGGCUGCUUCCGAGAGGAGACCUGACACGUGACGAGCUAUCUCAGCUCCUAUUGGUCUACGUCGCCAUGGCCGCCGACAUCGUGGAGCUGUUCCAAGUCUUCGAAGAGGAGAGAGUCGGGAACCAAGACCGAGUCGUCUACACCGCGCUGGCGCUUUUUACCUGGAGCCUGCUGCAGUUUACCAUCGUCCUCACCGUGGCCAGAGCCAGGAAGUCACGCCCCGGUGCGAUACACGCGAGCACUGCUGACGGCAACUUCCAGAAGAGCUGUCAGGUAGCUUUUUCCUCUUCAGCUGAGCAGUCUGGUACUAGCCAGGUAGCUGACGGGCAAGGACAACCGUCGCAAGAAGCCAACGGCGAUAGAGCGCUCAAACGCCGCAGCACCAUCCAGCGGCUCGCCGAGGAAGUGCAGGAAAGGAAUCUGAUCGUCUGCGGCUGUUGCCACCCUGACGUCUUCGCGAUGGUCACUACCAUCUUCAUGCAAGACGGGCCAUUCCUGGCCUUCCGGCUGUAUCUGAUCUUCUAUGAGAGCGUUCUUACACAGGGCGUCCUCUUCUUCGUAGGGAAGAACACGCUGCUCAUCGUGCUGCAAUUCUACCGCAUCGCCAUCAUCUGUUGCGGGAAAGAGGAGAAAAGUAGCCCCGGCCCCGCGGUAGGGAUGGACUUGGAUGAAGUCAUCGUGAACUAUGCCAUUAAACAAGAAGAGACAGCUGAGGAAUCAAAUUAUGACAUCAAAGAAGAAGACGCCGCAGUCGAGGAAUCUAAAAGCGACCAAGUGCAGUCAUUGUAG